AUGACACGGCAUGUGCCCAAUCAAUUGGGCUAUCCCAGCGAGAGCUCAAUGGAGCCGUAUAGGCAUCCGUCUAGGGGUCCUCCAGCCCCUACAGUUCAUGAGCGGGCCUAUUUAGUUUCUCGCCCAAACCCUCGAAUAGAUCCACAUAUACGACCACCACCACGAGCAAACUCUGCUCCACAUGUUACCAGUAAUGCCGCCAGUAGUCCUCGGCGGCGUAUUCCAGUAGCUUGUGGGCGAUGUCGAAAACGGAAGAUUCGAUGCAGUGGAGAUCCUGGAGACAAUAGCGGGUGCCUAAACUGCAAGCAAGCUCAAGUUGAACAGGGGAAAUGCACGUUUUUAAGAGUGUCUUCGGCCCCAGUCGACCUCCACCAUCACCCUUACUCCACUUCCUCGUCUGCCUCAUCAUCAGCUUCUUCCCUGGCCAUGGCCAGUGUACAGCAUCAUAAUGCAACACCGUCUCAGAUAUAUAACAUGAGUGCUCAUGCUCUUAGGGCCGGACAUAGUGGCCCCAGUCACCAUAUGCAUAAUAGUGCAAUGCCUCUUAGGUCUUUGUGUCACCAAGAUCCGUUGGGUGGAAACGGUAGCGGCGGGGAUAACACCAGUGGAUUGCUCCUUUCAGGGAGAUAUGAGAAUCUUGGAGGGGAUAUGACUGGGGGUUCAAUCCACGGAUCCAAUAGUAAUGUGAUGACUGUUAGCAACGGGGAUAUGUAUAAUGGGACAUAUGCCCCUUACCUUCAUCCUGAUAUUACGAGUAACAUCCACGGCCAACAAUGGGCCACCAUGUCUGGAGGACGGAGCUCGAGUCUCUAUUUAGAUCAAGAUCAGUCUUCCAUGAACUACAUUUCACCUAACCAAUCCAUGGGAAAUUUCGGUGUAGUAUUUCCAGCCCUCAGUUCCCUUUCUUCUUCUCUUCCCGAUGGGGCAUCUCCAAGGACUUCCGGGAGUGAAAAGGUCCAGCUUCCACUGCCGAUUCGAACACAGGCUUCAGAAGUAAUGGCCAAUAAUGCGGGAAACCUACGGCCUCCAUCUACAGGGAACACUCUGGUAAACGAUUCGACAUCCUCCAACUAUGAACGCCAGUCACUUCAGGCAUCAUAUAGAGUAUUCCCUAGUAGUUGGACUGGGGAUACUUCCUUCUCGGCGGCUUCUCAGUCAGCUGGUAUGGCUGGAAAUCCUCCUACCGCCACAGGAAUGCCCUCGCAGCCAACGCCCGCUUUACCUGUACCGUGUCAGAUAAGCACGUAUGGCGCCCACAACCCCCCAACAUUCCCCCUAUCGUCAUCAAAUAGUUCUUUGCUUCCGUCGUUGUCCCAACACAACCCGCUCAUCUCGAGCUCUUCGGUAGAUUCAUUUCCUCAGGCUUUAGCACACCAGCAAAACCGGAAGAAUCGUAGCAAUUCCGAGUCGAGCAAUAGUUCGAAAAGCAUAACGCCAGCAGUAGCAAUCCGAACAAAUUCUACGCCAAGCUAUACGCGAUCGAGCGUAGAGGAGUUGCUGUUCAAAGACACGAAUUCUCACGGAGGACAAUCGGUUACGAGAUGCAGAUUCGCCUAA